GCUACCUAUGGCCGAUCAACUAAUCCAAGAUGGCGGGUCCAUCGAUAGUCGAGUAUUUUACAGGAAGCGAAGGACAUCGUUGUGGUUAUUGUGGAAGCUCAGAUACCAAUCGCUCAAACGGUAUGUGGGCACAUAAGUUAACAUGUAAGGAUUAUCAAGACUUAAUUGACAGAGGAUGGAGAAGAAGUGGCAAAUACUGCUAUAAGCCCUUGAUGAAUCAAACGUGCUGUCCUGCUUACACCAUAAGAUGCAAAGCCCUUGAGUUCAAAGCAACGAAAUCACAAAAGAAGGUGCUGAAACACAUGACAAAAUAUUUGACAAGUGACAUAAAAAUGAAAGAAAUGCAUGGGAAUGAUGAUGAAAAUCAAUCAGGAAAAGAUAAGGAUGUUAAAAGAAAAGAUUCCCCAUUAAAUCCAGAUGAAACGGUUCAGACUGAUCACCAUAAAGAGAAACCUGAACCACGUCCAGGGUUAGGACCUGAUGCUAAUAAGCCACCAUGUCGUAAAGCUAAAUUGAUUAGAAAAGAAAGAAAACGACAGAAACUUGCUGCCAGUGGAGUUGAGUGUGACUCGGCCUAUACCCAAGCAGGCCACCAGAACACCGCAAAGUCAUUGGAAGACUUAUUAUUUGAGUAUUCCAAACAUUCAAAUAUUCUACACAAACUUGAGAUCAAAUUGGUUCAUGCAGACAUGGAAUCUGAGGAGUUCAAAAGCACAUUCAAACAAUCUUACAAUGUGUACAAAAACUAUCAAGUUAGCAUUCAUAAAGACCCUCCAGACAAGUGCACUGAAAGACAGUCUCUUACACCAUCCUUUUUUCAGUUCCAGAGGUUUCUUUGUGAUUCUCCAUUGAUGCAUGAUAAACGCAGUGGUGCUCCACACAUGGGAUAUGGAUCUUUUCACCAGCAGUACUACUUGGAUGGUGUUCUCAUAGCUGUAGCAGUACUGGAUAUUUUACCACGAUGCGUCUCAUCCGUCUACUUGUACUAUGAACCAUCCUAUGGGUUCCUGUCUCUUGGUACUUAUUCUACUCUUAGGGAAAUUUAUUUCACUCAACAGCUGUAUCGACAAGUUCCAAGUAUUGAGAGUUAUUACAUGGGUUUCUAUAUUCAUUCCUGUCCAAAAAUGAGAUAUAAGGGUAAUUAUUACCCUUCGUUCCUGGUAUGUCCAGAAACUUACAACUGGGUUCCAAUAGAAAAAUGUCGACCAAAGCUGGACAGUAGUAAAUACUCAAGACUGGACGAUGUAUCGCCAGGUGGGUUCUUAAGCAGUGAAGGCAGGCUCCCUGUGUUAUGUGAAUAAAAUCGGGCUCUAAUAGACCUCCUC